AGUUUUGGAACGCAAUAACGGAACGCUUCCGUUUGCUUCGAGUCUCGGGAAUCGGGAAAUGCACUCGUGAAUUCCUCAUGUCUCUUUCGUCAGAUAACAAUUGUGAUUGAUGUACAACUUGUACAACUAGUUGGAUAUAUUUUUCUAUCUGUCGUGAAUAUUUUCUAAAGGAGAGCCAUUGAUCUGUCAGUAAUUUUCAAGUAGAAAUUCAUUAUGGCAGCCGGUCCAAUUGCCGAACGUAACCAAGAUGCAACAAUAUACGUUGGAGGUUUGGAUGACAAAGUCACGGAAUCUCUUAUGUGGGAAUUAUUUGUUCAAUCAGGCCCUGUUGUCAACGUACACAUGCCGAAAGAUAGAGUAACUCAAAUGCAUCAAGGAUAUGGUUUCGUUGAGUUUAUGGGAGAGGAAGAUGCAGAUUAUGCUAUUAAAAUCAUGAAUAUGAUUAAACUGUAUGGCAAACCUAUUCGUGUAAACAAGGCUAGCGCACACCAAAAGAACUUGGACGUUGGAGCAAAUAUAUUUAUAGGAAAUCUCGAUCCAGAAGUAGAUGAAAAAUUAUUAUACGACACAUUCAGUGCAUUUGGCGUGAUUUUGCAAACACCAAAGAUAAUGAGGGAUCCCGAGACAGGUAACUCCAAGGGCUUCGCUUUCAUUAAUUUUGCCUCUUUCGAUGCCUCGGAUGCCAGUAUCGAAGCGAUGAACGGUCAGUAUUUAUGUAACCGGCCGAUCUCAGUGUCUUAUGCUUUCAAGCGCGACGCCAAGGGCGAGAGGCACGGCAGUGCCGCCGAAAGACUCUUGGCUGCGCAGAAUCCUCUGAGUCAAGCGGACAGGCCGCAUCAGUUAUUCGCGGAUGCGCCACCUCUGGCGCCGCCACCGAUGCCAAAUUCCAACGCAAACGCCCACCCAGCCGUGCAUCAUCCUCAGCAUCACGUGAUGCAUCAUGGAAUGGUGGUGCCACCGCCGCCGCCGCCAUCUACUCCUGGACCGCCAAUGGGCCAUCCACCUCCGCCGCCCGUACCACCGCCACCGUCCGGAGGAUUCCCACCGGCGAACAUCCCUCCGCCUCCUCUGCCACCGAUGUCUAUGGCAGCGCAUCCUCCUCUACCACCCGGUAUGCCACCGCCGUUGCCGCCUAUGCCCGUACCGGGUUCUCAGGCGCAGUCAGCCGCCUCCAGGAUGAUGGCGCCACCACCACCGCCGCACUGGGCCGUCGGGGCACCGCCGCAGGGACAAUUCCCACCGCCUCCGCCGCCGUCCAGCCAAGGCCCCCCGCAAUUUGGCCAGUAUCAGCCCUCGCCUCCAAGACCACCUCCGACUUGGCGGCAUCCGCCGCCGCCGCCUAUUUCACAGGGUGGCCCGCCGCCACCGCCGCCGCCUCAAUUCCGACCACCCUUCCCGCCAAGAGGACCGCCGCCGCCGCCGCCACCCCACGACAUCAAUCAAUAUUAAUUUACUUUUAAUAACAGCACUUUCCUAUUUAUAUCUAGUGUGUAAAUGAGUCGAUAACCAACCAUUCUUAUUUGUUUUAUAAUCGACAAGUACAUAUAUUAUUAUUCGAUCGUAUGUACGAUACAUUGGGAGAAAACUCUUGAUUGCUCCCAAGUAAACUUGUUCAAACUAUAGCGACUAAAUAUAUAACAAGAGAAUCGAGUAA